AUAUGUAGAUAGACCACCAUCCUCUCGUGUCCACCACACAAACAAUUCGAUUGCGAUAACAAGAUUAGAAGAGCAUUUCAAGGUGCUCCUACGAACAUGGCUUGGAAAGCACUCAUCUCUUCCUCCCCAUCUACCAAAACCAUCACACCUCCCAUAUCUUCCAUUGACAAUGCCAAGCUGCAAUCUGUAUUUCAUUACAGUCCAACAAGGACAAAGCGCACAGAGAGAAUGGUUUUGGUUAGAUGUUCGAAUGAGGAAAGAAUGGAGGAGAAGAGAAGCUUCUUGAGCUUAGAGGAAGCUGGUCUUGUUGAGAUGUCGGGUUUGGAUACGCACGAACGUUUCCUUUGCAGGCUAACUAUAUCUUCGUUGAACUUGCUGAGGGUGAUAUCUGAGGAAGAGGGAUUUCCAAUUGAAGAGCUGAAUGCGGGGAGGAUAUGUGAUUGGUUCGUGAAGGAUAAACUGAAGAGGGAGCAAGAUAUUGAUUCUGCUGUUCUUCAAUGGGACAAUCCUGAUUUUCAGCUAUGACAAUGCCCCACAUACACUAAUCAACGUUUCCUUUCCUAAUUCUGCAAUUUUCAUUACUUUCUCUCCCCCUCUUCCUCUUGUGUGUGUAUGAGUUCCUCUUGUACCUGAAUAAAUAGCAUGGCAAUUUGAUGGGGGCGCUCCACUCUUCACCG